AUGGGAGAUUUCAAUUAUCGAAUCGGCCUUCCCAACCAGACUGUUAGAGAUCUUGUGCAACAAGUAAAGUAUCAAAAGCUUUAUGCCAAUGACCAGCUCAACCUUCAAAUGCUCGCAGGCAGGGCAUUUCAGUUUUAUAAUGAGGGCGUCGUGGUGUUUCCACCGACGUACAAAUAUGACGUUGGCAAGGACACCUAUGACACAUCAGAAAAAGCGCGUAUCCCUGCAUGGUGCGACAGGAUCUUGUGGAAAGGACCAGACCUUCGACAGCUCAAUUACAAUGUUGCAAACCUGCGGCUUUCAGACCACCGCCCAGUGUGGGCUAGCUUUAAGUGUACGAUUAGCGUUGUCGACGAAAUUCAAAAAGAAACGCUCCGACAGGACCUUUAUGCUCAACAAUGGGGUGCUGCCCAUGUUCUCGAGGCACCGACACAGCCAGUGCGUAUAAAUAAUGGAAGCGGGGAUCUCAUCUCCAUUGAACCAAUCGCCACGGGGCUUCCCCCUCCCAGUUCGGACCAGCGUAAAUGGUGGCUCGAUAAUGGUGCCCCCGUGAAAUCAUCUAUACGCCCUCCCACCAAGGAUUACACGCUGGAUGUCCACCGUACAUCAAAUCCCUUCUCCGCUAGAGAGAGCCCCAACUGGGUCUCCAUUGCCGCGAUUCAAAAAGAAACUGCUACAGUCAUCUCUGGGAAACCAUCCCUCAGAAGCCUGGUACUCCAUGCGUCACAAACGGAAGAAGUUGGCGGGCAUAAACCCGCUCCCCCGGUUCCUCCAAAGCCCAGCUCACUCGGUCUGAACAAGGGUCCCUCAACGAGCCGCACAUAUCCAAAUACGCCAGACAUAUCCUCUUAUAGAGGCUCUCCUGGCUCGUUAUCAACGAGCCCGAGAGUCUCUUCUGUAUUGGGUGAACAUUCGUCUUCACCAAAGCGGCGAAACAGUGACCGACGCGGAUUUGCUUUGCCUUUCAACGACGAUGAGGUGAAGCAGCCGAUGAGACCGGUUGCUCAAGGCCUGCUCGAUGAUAGUUUCGGUGAGGAAAUUAGCUGGAAGCCCCUUGUUCCUCAAUAA